UCCCGCGCCAUCGCGCACGACCAACAGGAGAAACGAGGUUUUUCUAUUCUAAUUCAGUUGCGAGUUUAUUUACGAAUGAGCGUCGAGGAGAAAAAGGGAUGAGAAAGAUGAGCGAGGAAGGUGAAGAGAAGAAGAGGGACGCGGUUGCCAUUGGUCCACAUUCUAAACCAAAUCCAGACCACAUCGGCUUCCCUAUUCCGGCGACCCCUCUCGAAGUCGCCGGAACGUACCCUCCCGGUGCCUCCGCUGCAUAUCCUUACCCGGCGUCGGGCAUCUAUCCUAUAGGCGCCGGCGCAUCUUUGCCUCCUCCCGCCGUUCAAGUUCCUUACGCCACUGGUCUUCCAUACUAUAGUCAGGGAUACGGGACCGACCCUGGUGAUGCUGCUCAAAUCACGACUUCAAAAAUUGAAAGACUUCCUUGUUGUGGCCUUGGCUUUGGCUGGUUUUUGUUUAUCAUUGGAUUUUUUCUGGCUGCUAUUCCUUGGUAUGUUGGAGCUUUCAUCAUCAUUUUUGUUGGAGUAGAUUACAGAGAGAAACCAGGUUAUAUUGCCUGCUCCAUCGCUGCUGCCAUUGCUGCAAUUGCUGCUUUCUUUGGGUUGAUACAGCAAGCUGCUAGAUGGUAACUAACUACGAGCGUUAUAACGCAUUGCUUGUAUAAAUGCAUAAUUUAACCCUAAAAUUUGAAUUUUAUAUGAACUUAUUUCAUAAUCAUGAUUUAUUUUACUCUUUUAGAUGUGUUGUUUAUUAAACAGCGGUCUGAAUUUUCUUGACAUACU